AUGUCCAUGGAUUGGAUGGAUUAUGUUGACGAUGACUUCACAAAUCCGGAGCAGUGGCACUUCAACCCUCAGGAUCUCGGCAUCGAGAACAGCAGUCUGAGCAACAACACCCUUGACUCGUCAUACGCCGUUUCGCUUGACCUUGUGAGCGAUACAUCUGAGCCCGAUAUACAACAUAUGACUACUCGAGAAGAUUUUCAUCAGGACACCACAAAGAAGAUCCUCGAGCCAGCGAAUCCGAUGGCUGGUCUUUCUAAACUAAGCCAACGCAUCUAUAGUUUGUACAGCGCAGUCAUCAGCAUUGCCAACUCGCCAAAUGUGCUGGAUCAGCAAGACACUGCGAUCCUCACGAAAGGUCCUUUCGCAGAUGAUGUCGCUUUCCAGAAGCUGACAUGA